UCAUCAUCGCUUUCGAUUACAAUAUUUUUCAUUUCAAAAAUGUUUGCUGCAAGUAUUUUAUAUAUAACAAGUUUAGCGCGUAUAAUAUAUUGGUAUCUUUAUGCUGAUCGAAAUCAAUUAGAAUUGAUGGAUCAAUGGUCAACGAUUUUAGCUGAUUCUAUUCAUGCUUUAGCAUGGUUAAUAAUAAUAUUAUUUUCAAUUUAUAAUCAUCGUAAUCGUAUUGUUUCUUCUGGUUCAUUAUUCAUUUAUUUUCUAUUAGAAUCAUUGGUGAAUAUUUAUCUAGCGAUAAAUAUUCUUAUGGAUUUAUUCAAUGAUAAUAAUAAUCAAGAAUUAUGGAUGAUUAAUUAUGAUUCUUCAAUGAUUAUAAUGAAAUUAAUUUAUAUAGCAUCGAUAUUAUAUAUAUUUUAUUUAGAAUGUUAUUCAAAUCAGGAUUCAAUGAAAAGAAAAUUUGGAACAAAAUCAUUAAAAUCCAAACUAAUAAAUCCCGAAUGUUCGGCAUCAUUUUUUUCACGUAUAACAUUUUCAUGGUUUACAAAACUUGUUAAAAGACAAUGGCGACAAAAAUCAUUACAACAAGAAAAUAUGUGGUUAUUAAGUUUAGAAAAUACAAGUAAUUUAUUAAUGCAAUCAUUUCGUCAAUCAUAUAAUGGUUAUCGUGAAAAAAAUAAACAAUUUAAUAUGAUGUCAAUAUUGAUUCGUUUAUAUUUACCCGAAUUACUUUGGAUUGCUCUAUUGAAAUUAAUAGCCUGUGUAUUUUUAUUCAUUAAUCCAAUAAUGUUGAAUCGUAUAAUAACAUUUUUAAAACCAACAAAUACAGAACCAUAUUGGCGUGGUUUUGUUUAUGCAUUCAUAAUGUUUAUAUCACCAAUGUUUGAAUCAUUAUUUACAAAUCAACAUGAAUAUCAAAUUAAUAUGAUUACAAUGCGUAUGAAAACCUGUAUAACGGCAAUUGUUUAUCAAAAAAGUUUACGUUUAUCACCAACAGCCAAGCAAAAAUUUUCAACCGGUGAAAUUGUUAAUCUAAUUUCAGUUGAUACAUUAAGAAUUGUUGAUUUAAUUAAUAAUAUUAAUACAUUAUGGUGGGCACCAUUACAAAUUUGUAUUGGUUUAUAUUUAGUUUGGUUACAAUUAAGUUAUGCAUCAUUAGCCGGGUUUAGUUAUAUGUUAUUAAUUGUACCGGUUAAUAUUAUGUUAACAAAUUUAAUACGUUCAUAUCAGCUACGUUUAAUGACACGUAAAGAUUCCCGUUCAAAAUUAAUGAAUGAAAUAUUGAAUGGUAUUAAAGUAAUUAAAUUGAAUGCAUGGGAAAGACAUUUUGAAACAAAAAUCAAUCAUUUACGUUCAUUAGAAAUGAAACAAUUAAAAUAUAUCGCUUAUUGUAAUACAUUUAUGACAACAUUUUUUAGUUCUGGUUCAAUAUUUGUUGCAUUAUUUAGUUUUAUGGCUUAUACAUUGAUGUCCGAUGAUAAUGUUUUGGAUGCUAAUCGUGCAUUUGUUUCAUUAUCAUUAUUCAAUAUUAUUCGUGUACCAUUAACAUUUUUACCAUUAUUUUUUUCAUUUGCCGCAAUUGCAUUAGUAUCAUUAAAACGUUUAAAUGAAUUUAUUAAUGCACCUGAAUUAAGUGAUUAUAGUGAAACAAUAAUACAUUCAAAUAAACAAUCAUUUGAAUCAAAAAACAACGAAAACGAUGAUGAUGACAAUGACAAACAACAACAACAAAUAGCAAUACGUAUAAGUAAUGGAAAUUUUAAUUGGAUUGAAAAUGAUCCAAUACCAACAAUACACGAUAUUAAUCUUACGAUUAGAAAACAUCAAUUAAUCGGUAUUGUUGGUGGUGUUGGCAGUGGUAAAUCAUCAUUAUUAUCAGCUUGUCUUGGUGAAAUGGAAAAAUUAAAUGAUGGCCGAGUGGAAAUUGAUGGUCGUAUUGCAUAUGUACCGCAAGAAGCAUGGAUAUUAAAUGCAACAAUACGUGAUAAUAUUUUAUUGAAUAAAAAAUAUGAUGAAAAAAAAUAUAAAAAAGUUUUAGAUACAUGUGCACUGCAAUUGGAUAUGGCAAUGUUUGCUGCAGGUGAUUUAACUGAAGUUGGUGAAAAAGGUAUUAAUCUUUCCGGUGGUCAAAAACAAAGAAUAUCAUUAGCAAGAGCUGUUUAUUCAAAUUCUGAUAUCUAUUUAUUGGAUAAUCCUUUAAGUGCAUUAGAUGCACACGUAAGUCAGCAUAUAUUUGAAAAUGUUAUCGGACCAAAUGGUUGCCUUCGUAAUAAAACAAGAAUUUUAGUUACAACAAAAUUAUCAUUAUUACCAAAAAUGAAUGAAAUUAUUUAUAUAUCACGCGGUGAAAUAAAAGAUCAAGGACGAUUUGAACAAUUAAUUGAAAAUGAUGGUCCAUUUUCAAAAUAUGUUGCUGAAUAUUUUCUUGAUCAACAAAAUGGUAUUGUUACGGAUUUAGAUCAACCAGAUUCGGAAUUUAUUAAUCAAAUUGAACCAAAAAUUAAACAAGCAAUUGAACAUGUACAAUUAUCACGUAGUAUAUCGUAUAAUCGUAAUAUAUCUAUGAAUGAACAACAACAACGUUUACAACAUAGUACAUUUACAAAUCAAUCAAAUAUUGAUUAUAAUCAAUCACAACGAUUACAACAACAAACAGAAUCAACAAUGUUUGAAUCGGGUGAAAUAAAUUUUAUUGAAACUAGUACUAGACAAAUUAAUGAUGGUAGAUUAAUACAAACAGAAGAAAUGGCUGAAGGUUCAGUGAAAUUAAUUAAUCAUAAAAUAUUUUUAAAAACAAUUGGAUGGUAUAUUUGUUUAUCGGUAAUGUUAACAUUAUUAUUAUCAAAUUUAUUUCAAAUAAUGAGUAGUUUAUGGUUAACUGAUUGGUCAAAUGAUUCAUUAAGACCAUCAAAUGAAUUAACUAAUAAUUUACGUUGGGAACGUAUUAUUGUAUUCGCCGUGCUUGGUAUAAUUGAAGUAUUUUUUACAUUUCUUGGUACAUUACAAACAAGUUUAGGUUGUGUACGUGCAUCACGUAUAUUACAUAAUAAAAUGAUAACACAUAUUAUUCGGGCACCAAUGUCAUUUUUCGAUACAACACCAUUAGGUCGUAUAUUGAAUCGUUUUACAAAAGAUAUUGAUGUUGUUGAUUUACGGAUAUCAUCAAACAUACGUUUAUUUAUAAUGCAAAUUUAUCGUACAAUUGUUGCAUUUGGUUUGAUUGGUUUGGAAGCACCAAUUAUUCUAGCAUUUUUCCUUCCAUUAACAAUUGGUUAUUAUAUUUUACAAAAAUUAUUUAUACAAACAUCAAGACAAUUAAAACGUAUUGAAGCUGUUAGUCGAUCACCAUUAAAUAAUCAUCUUAGUGAAACAGUAAAUGGUAUAACAAGUAUACGUGCAUAUGGAUUAACAAAAAAAUUUCAACGUAUCAUGUUAAAACGUAUUGAUGAUAAUAAUCAAAGUUAUUGGUUAGGUUUUACGGCUGCAAGAUGGUUAGCAAUACGACUGGAAUUCAUAAGCUAUUCGAUUGUAUUUUUAGCAACAUUAUUUGCAAUAUUAUCACGUGGUACAUUAAGUCCUGGUGUUGCUGGUUUAGCUAUUAGUUAUUCAUUGAAUAUAACAGCUAUACUUAAUCUUUUGAUACGUGGUUAUUCUGAAAUUGAAACAAAUUUUGUUUCAGUUGAACGUAUUGUUGAAUAUAUUUCAACACCAGAAGAGAAACAAUUAAUUAGCAAUGAAUUGGAACGUUUACCGUUUGAUUGGCCGGAAAAAGGUGAAAUAUCAUUCGAAAAUUAUAGUACACAAUAUCGAUCUGGUUUAAAACUUUGUCUGAAACGUAUAAAUCUUCUAAUACCUGGUGGUAGUAAAGUUGCUAUUGUUGGUCGUACUGGUUCAGGUAAAUCAUCAUUUGCAUUAGCAUUAUUUCGUGUACUAGAACCAAUCGAAGGUACAAUUUAUAUUGAUAAUAUUGAUAUACGUAAAGUAACAUUGGAAACAUUAAGAAAAUCAUUGACCAUCGUUCCGCAAGAUCCAAUAAUAUUUACAGCAACAUUACGUGAAAAUGUUGAUACAUUAUCCAGAUUUAAUGAUGAACAAUGUAUACAGGCAUUAAAAGAUGCAAAAAUGAAUGAAUUUUUAGAAAAUAUUAAUUAUAAUCUUGAUUAUAUGCUGACAAGUAAUGAUAAUCUAAGUGUUGGACAACGACAAUUAAUUUGUUUAGCCAGAGCAUUACUUAAACGUAGUUCAAUUAUUGUAUUUGAUGAAGCAACUGCUUCUGUUGAUCAUGAAACCGAUGGCCAUAUACAUGAUACAAUAUUUUCCGAAACAUUUCAAACAAAAACGGUAUUUAUGAUUGCACAUCGUUUAGAUUAUAUUAUGAAUUAUGAUUAUAUAUUGGUUAUGGAUAAUGGUGAAAUGAUUGAAUUUGAUAAUCCAAAUCGUUUAAUCAAAAAUAUUGAUGGACAAUUUUAUUCGUUAGCAAAAGAAGCGAAAAUUAUUUAAAAUUUUUGAAUUUUAAUAUCAAUUUUUCGUAGUUAAAAUAAAUUUUCAAAUAAAAAACGUACUUUAUGACGGGUUUUCUUC